AUGUCAAGAAUGAUUGAACCACUUGCACUAGGAAGAGUGAUAGGAGAGGUGGUGGACAUAUUUACACCAUGUGUCAAGUUGAAUGUGACCUACAAUCUCAAUAAGACUGUCUCUAAUGGCCAUGAGCUCAUGCCUAAUCUCAUUACCUCUAAACCGCUUGUUAAUAUCGGUGGUGAAGACAUGAGAUCUGCUUAUACACUUAUCAUGACCGAUCUAGAUGUUCCAGGCCAUAGUGAUCCUUACUUAAGAGAACAUCUCCACUGGAUUGUUACAGAUAUUCAUGGUACCACUAAUGCUUCCUUUGGUACGGAGAUUAUGAGCUAUGAGACGCCGAAGCCGCUAAUAGGGAUUCAUCGAUAUGUGUUCUUACUCUUUAAGCAGAAAACAAGAAAAUCUGUGAGUCCACCGACUUCCAGAGACCGUUUCAACACUCGUAACUUCAGUCAGCAACAUGGGUUAGGGUUACCGGUUGCUGUGGUAUAUUUCAAUGCUCAAAGAGAAAAUGCCACCCAUCGAAGAUGA